AUGUUCGACAGUGACAGUGACAGCGAUGAUGACUUCUACCAGGCGAGAAAAAUGUACUCUUCUGAGAAGAGUGAUGACACGAAGGACAAAUCGGCAGCAGGCACUACCUCCACAGCAAAAGUCUCGGAUCCCGCGGAUAUCAACACCCGAUUUUCUCUUGGCGCUUCGGGGUUCGACCCAUUUAACAAUUUCAACUUGGCGGCCUGA